AUGGACCGCAAUCGACUCAUCUCGGCGCGCGAGGUCGAGCGCCUCGUCGCCGACGGGCAGCUCAUCGUCAUCCACGACGGCUACGCGCUGAAGCUGGACAGGUGGAUCGACCGUCACCCGGGCGGACGGCUGGCAAUUCUUCACAUGGUGGGCAGAGACGCGACGGACGAGAUCAACGUGUACCAUUUCGACAAGACCCUGGCGAUCAUGAAGGGCUACCGUAUCGGCCGCGUGCAUCAGCCCUGGACGAAUCUCGAACCCCCCAUUCGGGCCGAACUUCACCGCACCGCCCCCACGGCCCUCCCUGCCCCCGCUGCCGACCCGGCCUCCUCAGACUCUACCGACGACGACGACAACGACGCCUCGUCCAUAUUCAGCUCCAAGCCCGACCCACUAAGCUCGAGCAACUCCAGCGUCGGCCAGUCCGACCACGAGCUCGACUCAGGAGAUUGCAGGCGCCGCAACGUCGCCGCCGCCAAGCCCGCCACCUCGGCCGCCGCGCGCCUGCCCACGGAGAAACUGUCGCGUACCGCAUACACAGCCGCCCUCGAGCAAAAGGAAAUUGCCGACGGCAUUCGCAACUACCCCUCGCUCGACCCGGAAACGCAGCAGGCGAUCCGCGACGAGUACGAUGCCCUGCACCAGCUCGUCCAGGCGCAGGGCCUCUACGACUGCCCCUACCGCGAAUAUGCCAAGGAGAUGGUGCGCUACGCCGCGCUGUUCAGCCUGUUCAUCUACUUCCUGAAUAAAACGUGGUACAUGACGUCGGCCGUGUUCUUGGGGCUGUUCUGGCAGCAGAUCAUGUUCACGGCGCACGACGCCGGCCACCGCGGCAUUACGGGCAACUUCGUCAUCGACACGCUCAUCGGCGCCUUCAUCGCGGAUUUCUGCUGCGGCCUGUCCAUCGGCUGGUGGAAGAGCUCGCACAACGUGCACCACCUGGUGACCAACAUGCCCGAGCACGACCCGGACAUCCAGAACAUCCCGCUGUUCUCGACGUCGCCGACCUACUUCAAGUCGAUCCGCAGCACCUUCUACAACUUCACCUUCUACUGGGACCGCGCGGCCGACAUCCUCGUGCCCUUCCAGAAGUACACGUACUACCCCGUCAUGGCCAUCGCCCGCUUCAACCUCUACCUCCUCUCCUGGCUCCACCUGCUCUCGCCGCGCGCCGCCCAGCUCGGCUCGGCGUGGUGGACGCGCUGGGUCGAAGCCGCCUUCAUGGUGUGCUACUGGGCCCUGUUCGGCUACGCCCUCCUCCUGCGCACGCUCCCCGACUGGCCCACCCGCGUCCUCUUCGUCCUCGUCUCCCACACCAUCACCAUGAUCCUGCACGUGCAGAUCACCCUGUCGCACUGGGGCAUGCCGACGGCGGACCUGGGCCCGACCGAGUCGUUCGCCCAGCGCCAGCUGCGCACGACCAUGGACGUCGAUUGCCCCGCGUGGCUGGACUUCCUGCACGGCGGCCUGCAGUUCCAGGCCGUGCACCACCUGUUCCCGCGCAUGCCGAGGCACAACCUCAGGGCGGGCCAGGCGCUCGUCAGGGAGUUUUGCGCGAAGACGGGGAUUAAGUAUCAGUGCCAGGGGUUCGUGGAGGGGAAUAAGGUGGUUUUGACGAGGUUGGAGGAGGUGGCGAAUAUGGUGAAGACGCUGGUCGAGUGCCAGAUGCAUAUGGCCGAGACGGGGGAGAGCGGGUUGCAUUAG